UAGCCGAAUGUCAAAUUCGUAUCGUUUGUAUUGGGCCGCCAACGGAAGCACCUAACAACAAUAGGCAUUCAGUUCUCGGUAUAUGCGGAGGCCGGCACGUGCUUUAUCGUGCUUAAACAUAGCUGCCGACGAUGGCUUCAGUACUAUCUGCUCCUUCUGUGACGAUUCCAGCGAUGAACUGUGCCAGCUGCAAGGAUCAGGGAGCAACACUGGUCUGUUCUACGUGUGGAACGUUUUACUGCAAUGUACCUUGCCAAGUGAAGCACUGGCCUAUGCACAGAGAUUUUUGUAUGCCUCGGCUGGUGAUGGCAAGCCCACUGCUUGGAACUGCUGCCUACGUAGGUCAACAGAUAACUCCUACAACACGCAACGUGAUAUCGAAAUCUUGUAACGAUAAACCGAAUCCACCAAGCAUGGUUCCGAAACCGCAGGACGAAACCAAUAAUGGUAACAAUAGCGGUAAAAUGGAAAAUUCCCUCCCGUCAACAGUAAAGGUAAACGAUUCUUUACAACUGGAGGCGAAGAGACGGCAACAAAAGACGAUAAGUACGGCCACCAUGUUAAACGAUAGAACUGCUAAGAUGCCAUCGACGGAAAAGAAUCCACCAAGCAUGGUGCCGAAUCCGCAGGACGGAACCAAUAAUGGUAACAAUAGCGGUAAAAUGGAAAAUUCACCCCCGGCGAUAGUAAAGCUAAACGAUUCUUUACUAUUGGAGGCGAAGAGACGGCAACAAAAGAUGAUAAGUAAGAUGCCUUCGGCGGAAAAGAACGUCGACCAGAAGGCUGUAGGCUGUGCUGCUACGGAAAAGACGAUGGCAGCGAAGUCUGUUGGCCCUAGCGUAGAAAAACAGAUGCCAAAGCCCAUUGUGCCUGGUGCAAACGAUACAAAAACCAAGGUUUCGAUGGCCCAGGGCAACAUCAGACCCGCUCUAGCCCAAGCAGAUGACCAAAAGUCCGACAGUGCCGGCAACUCCCAACAGCUGCAACAAGCGCCCUUCCCGAAGCCGGGCAGUAAGGUGCUGAUAUCGUACGUAGCGGACGAUAAGAUAUACAUCUAUGAAGCUGGACCCGGACCCAAAGGGGAACCGAACAGCUUCGAGCUGCUCAUUGCGCGUUCCAUCGAAUGUUCUCGCAGCGUUCAAAGCUACGUUUCGGUCCCACCGACCGUAGGGGACAUUGUGUUUGCCGCGUACGAUGGUGAUCACUACCGAGCGGUGGUGAAGUCGAUCGGCAACGCGACGGUGGAGGUCUUCUAUCCCGACUUUGGCAAUUCUCAAACGGUCCAAUGGAACACGCUGAAGGAAAUUCCGGAUCCGAAGAUUAAGUAUGCCAACUGUUUGACGCAUGCCGUGUGGGUCCAAAAUGUGCCAUCGUUUACGAAGGCCAUGAAACAGUUUCUUAACUCGCUCGUCGAUAUGUCGGAGUUUAUGCUCUACACCGUGAUCGAUGUGCACAAUAACGGCGUGAAGAUGGUAGAGAUGUACCAGUGCAGCGAGCAGUACUAUUUGAGCGAGAAGCUACGAAACUUCAAUCUACAGGCAAUGCCCACGAACAAGGAAUUAUCACCACAGCAACAGCACACGUCCAAAUAUGUCAUCACCAACCCGAACACUUACAAACCGGUGUUCUUGGAGGAGCUAAUCGACACAGAAUCCAUCGAGGGUAAGGGGAUCGAGCUGGUUAUAAUUAAUGCUUCCGAAAGCCAGCUAUCCGUAGUGACAACGGCGAACUACACACUGUACACAGCGAUGCUGAAGGACAGCGAUGUGUAUGGCAAAAUCGAUCCAAACCCGUACGAGCCGAAGGAAAAUGAGGUGUGCCUGGUCGAGCGGGAUGGUAUCUGGUACCGUGCGAUUGCAUUACGGGGCGCGGAUGAUGAACCAAACUUCUAUCUGCUGGACGAGUUACAAUGCAUCGGCGCGGAAGACAUUGAGAUCCGCCGAUAUCCGCCCGGCUUAACCCGAAAGCAGUUCAUCGUGGAGUGUGUGGUGGAAAAUACCAACGUGUUGCUGGAAGCGAUGGGAGGAAGUGAUGCGAAUGCCGAUAAACUCAGCGGACGGUUGAUGAAAGCGGACGUCCAUCAGUCGCAGGGCGAUGAGGAUACAUACGAAACAACGCACCUUACUAUUGUGUCUAUCGGCCAGUAGGAAUUGUUGUUUCGCAUGAAGUAAGCAUCGUGAAUGUAUGACUAAUAGCCUUUUUUUGUUGUUUUCGUACGGUAUUAGGGGCAGCGCUAAUUGGUCAGGCUGUCGAUCCUAAAAAUCGUGAAUGAAUUACUGUGCCUACGAGUAUGAAUUUAAGCUUACUUAAAUUUUUCUGUAGAUUUCUGUUGACUUAUGUGACCCAACGAUACACCCAGAAAUGCUCAAUUUAUUAUUUCAUUUUUUAUUAUAUUUGAUCAAUUACUUUACACAAGCAGGUUUACUUAUUUUGACAUUUUGAUAAUAACUAAAACGUUGAUGGGUAAGAAUGAAUUAUAGUGGGACCCGCAACGGUCCUUUUCAAAUGCUCAGACUGAGCUAAUUAAGAAAAAUUUAUCCAAUUAAACUUUUUCGUUACAUCACAAACGAUGAGUGAUCAUUUCAGGAGUGAGUUUAAGGUAAUAGAUUAACAUAUAAAUUUACGAAUUUAUAUCAAUCCAACGUUAUCAUAUCGACUGUCAAAGAAAGUACAAAUACGGAGAGAAUGCUUUUGUGCUAGAUUGUGAUGUGUUUUUGUUUUAGUUUUGAUUUUCUCAUUUAAUAAAACUGCUCAACAUUUAUUCGUUUCGUUUCGCAUAACUUCCGCGGGACUGCCUAAUCAACUAACGGGUAAUUUAAGUUAUGAAAGGCAGAAAUGGUAGAAGCCAACGCCUUGAAAAAAGUGAUUCAGACGUAUAACUUAAUGAAAAAAGCUUUAAUAAAAGUCAAUUAAGUAUGUGUUUCUAAUUUCGAAUACAAUUGCCACGUGCCAAAGCACUAAUAAAUAUGGAAUAAAAAUUUGCAACACGGCGGCUGGACCGUCCCUGAGGAAUAA